AUCAUCUUUUGUUUAUGCAUCUAGACUCCAGUGGCUAAAGCAGAGAGGUUGGUGGUGUGUCAUGGACUCAUGUGGAGGCCUUUUUCGCUUGCUUGAUUAAUGGGAGUCCGGUGGGCUCAUGGAUGGCAUGCAUCGGAGCACUUUGCCCUUUGCCGUAAGAUGCAACAAACACCUGCUAGUCUGUCUCUCAUGAUUUCUCACCAACCUUGCCACGUUUUUUUUCCUCCAAGGGGGGGAGUGGGGGGAGGGGUAGAUCCAACACGGUGUGGGCAGUGUGGAGAGUGGUAUAUAUAAGGAGCUGCAGCCUUCUCUCUGCACACAACUUGUAGGCACGCAGCAUCUCUCUGUUUCUUCUCUGCGGCAGUGUGCUUGUCGAGAUCUCCCUCGGCUCUUGAGAUCUGGUUAAGCGGACAAGAUGGUGAAGAUCUGCUGCAUCGGAGCUGGCUAUGUCGGCGGCCCAACAAUGGCUGUCAUUGCCGUCAAGUGCCCAGCAAUUGAGGUUGUUGUUGUUGACAUCUCCAAGCCUCGCAUUGACGCUUGGAACAGCGACAAACUCCCGAUCUACGAGCCUGGCCUUGACGAGGUUGUCAAGGCAUGCAGGGGCAGGAACCUCUUCUUCAGCACCGACGUCGAGAAGCACGUUGCUGAGGCCGACAUCAUCUUUGUCUCAGUGAACACCCCCACCAAGACCCGUGGUCUGGGAGCCGGCAAGGCUGCCGACCUCACCUAUUGGGAGAGCGCUGCCCGUAUGAUCGCCGACGUGUCCAAGUCCGACAAGAUCGUCGUUGAGAAGUCCACUGUCCCUGUCAAGACUGCAGAGGCCAUUGAGAAGAUCUUGACCCACAACAGCAAGGGCAUCAACUACCAGAUCCUCUCCAACCCGGAGUUCCUGGCCGAGGGCACGGCUAUCGAGGACUUGUUCAAGCCUGACAGAGUGCUUAUCGGUGGUCGGGAGACCCCCGAGGGCAGGAAGGCGGUUCAGGCUCUCAAGGAGGUGUACGCCCACUGGGUUCCUGAGGAGAACAUCAUCACCACCAACCUGUGGUCUGCUGAGCUCUCCAAGCUCGCUGCCAAUGCGUUCUUGGCCCAGAGGAUCUCCUCCGUGAAUGCCAUGUCCGCGCUCUGCGAGGCCACCGGCGCCAACGUGUCCGAGGUGUCUUACGCCAUCGGUAAGGAUUCCAGGAUCGGCCCCAAGUUCCUGAACGCCAGCGUUGGGUUCGGCGGGUCCUGUUUCCAGAAGGACAUCUUGAACCUGGUGUACAUCUGCGAGUGCAACGGCCUCCCCGAGGUGGCCAACUACUGGAAGCAGGUGAUCAAGAUCAAUGACUACCAGAAGAGCAGGUUCGUCAACCGUGUCGUGUCCUCCAUGUUCAACACCGUCUCCGGCAAGAAGGUCGCCGUCCUCGGGUUCGCCUUCAAGAAGGACACUGGUGACACCAGGGAGACCCCGGCGAUCGACGUAUGCAAGGGCCUGCUGGGUGACAAGGCCCAUGUCAGCAUCUACGAUCCCGAGGUCACCGAGGAGCAGAUCCAGCGGGACCUCGCCAUGAACAAGUUCGACUGGGACCACCCCAUGCACCUGCAGCCGACGAGCCCAUCGGCUAUCAAGCAGGUGAGCGUGGUGUGGGACGCGUACGAGGCCACCAAGGGGGCCCACGCCGUGUGCAUCCUGACCGAGUGGAACGAGUUCAAGGAGCUGGACUACCAGAAGAUCUUCGACAACAUGCAGAAGCCGGCCUUCGUCUUCGACGGGCGCAACGUCGUCGACGCCGAGAAGCUGAGGGAGAUCGGCUUCAUCGUCUACUCCAUCGGCAAGCCGCUCGAUGCGUGGCUCAAGGACAUGCCCGCGAUCGCCUAGUUCCUCUCCACAGGAGCUGCGGGAAAUUCUACAAACUUUUGCGGAGGCGCGGCGUUUUCUGUCAGGCAUAAAAUUGGGUUGUGUUGGUAUCUUUGCUUUGAGUUGUUCAUUCUUGCACUGCCGUCUGUAGAUCAUACAUGUUCCUCAAUCCUUGUGCUGUUUUGAGGAUUGUAAAAGAAUGUUUAUUUGUAUCCAAUGAGCUUAUAGCAAUUUGAUCAUUCCAUUUCUUUUUGUCCUAAAA